GAUUCUUAUGGAUAAAGAUGGCAGCCCCCUGCUGAAAUCUAAUAACAGUGAUUUCCUGGAUUUGACAACCGGCACAGAUUCAAGCGAUAAAAUGCGUGGCCCCAAAGAACCAUCAUCGGUUAUUUUUCCACCAAUGCCAAGACAUUUUAAAAAGUGCUUGAUAGCUCAAAUUGUUGGAGGAUUUCUCGUUCUAUACAUUUAUUAUACAUUAAAUGGAGGUAAGCAAAGGCAAAAGAUCAUAGAUUUCAUAGAUGAUAUUUAGAAUUAUUUAGAUGUCCUAUUUAUUACUUAUUAUGACUUAUAAUAUACUCUAUAGCAGUGGUUCUCAACCUUUCUAAUGCCGCGACCCUUUAAUACAGUUUCUCGUGACGUGGCGACCUCCAGCCACACAAAUAUUUUCGUUGCUACUUCAUAGCUGUUACUGUUGUAAGGAUGUGUUUUCAGAUGGUCUUAGGCGACCCCUGGAAAAGGGUCCCGCGACCCCCUAAGGGGUCGCGACCCAUAGGUUGAGUACCGCUGCUCUAAAGCAAUAGAGUUUUCCAGCUCAGCUGCUUUACAGCUGCACAAUGUAAAUGGAAUAAUCUAAAUUAAUGCUGUUUUGUUGCUUCCCCUUUUUCAGGUUUUCCCAUACUUUAUUUCGCGGGAAGCGUUAUACGCAGUCGGCUGCGCAUAACCCUGAGAGUUAUUCCCAGCCGACUGCGUAUAACUCUUAGGGUUAUAUGCAGUCGGCUGGGAAUUAGCCAAAUAAGGUUUAUUAUCGCUAGUUUGGCAAUUUUUAAAAAAAUAUUAUGCAUAUAUAGCUGCAUUAUGGAUUGUUUUGAACUAUAACUUUUAAUGUGUUUAACGUAAAAUUUUAAUUGAAUUAAUUUUAAUUAAUGUUGAAUGAGAGUAAUAGUAUUAGUAUUAGUGCUAUUAUUAGUAUUAUUGCUUGUAUCUUAUAUGUUAUAAUUAUAAGUCUAAGUUAAAGUCUACAUUUCUUAGACUUAAGAGUCUAAGCCUAAGAAGAUGAUUUUUUAAAAGCCAUUUCCAUGGUCUAAGUCUAGUUCUGUAUUCUGAUUGAUUAGGUUUUUAUAUUUUGCUAUGACCAUGUCAUGUGGUUGGUUUUACUGACUAAUUCAGGAAAUGCAUUCUAUUUAUUUAUUUUUUUAAUUAUUUUUGGUAACCUAAAUGUAACAGUUUUCAGCUUCCAUGCAAAACUAUAACUGUGUGAAAGUAUUAAUUAAAGUGCCCCCUCUACAGAACCCCCUGCCCCUACAGCUAUUUGUUUCUGCUACUUUCUACUGACCACUCCUGAUUAUAUUACUGUACCAGAGAAACAUGAUUUUAUCUGCCACAACAUUAGUAAACAACACAAAAAAAUAUGUUAACAACACAAACAUAUAUUAUGAUAAUCAUAAGAAUAACAUUAUUAAUAUUACAUUAGUCAAGUUAAUAAUUCUUAUCAUGUUUUAACAUUUUUUAAAGCCACAACAAAAGUUAAACAAAAUGCCUAGCUUCAUUCUCGAGAACAAACUUAACUGACUAACUUAAUAACACAUUCACGACUGGCCUUUGCUGUAAUUGAACUCCUGACCCCCAACAUGACGUUCGCUCAGUUUAUACCAUUCAACCACACAGCCACCCUGAUAAAGAAGCAUCUUUAUCGAUGGAUAAUGUAACACAGGAAGAAUAUAGACCUCAUGCGACUUGCCGACUGCGAAUAACUCUCAGGGUUAUACGCAGUCGGCUGCGCAUAACCACUUCGUUAUUUCGCUCAGUUCCUUUAAACGAAAGAAGUUCAAAUGCAGGUUUUGUUAUUUCAGGGGUCACCAAACUUUUUUCACGGCAGGCCGAAUAAUGGAAAAAAAUGACAAGCGCGGGCCGGAUAAUCAUUCUGUACAAUACUUGCAUGCCAGAACGAAAGCUCUGCGAAACUGAGUUUAGUUAGUAUUCCAUGUUAAUCAUGGGUGAGUGGCGUGCAAUGCAAAAAAGCAAAGACAACCAACUGCAAGUUCUUAGCUUCCUCACUGAACUUGCAGAAGGGCUGUAGGUUCCAACUGCGGCAACUAAGAUUUUUAAUGUCACCGUAUAUUUCCAACACUCAUUUUUCUUUCACCCAUUUACAGUUUGUGGUAGUUAUCAGACUAUUAUAAUUUAGCAGGCAUAGGCUUCAUGGAAAUUUAUUUUUAUUUUAUGAUUUUUUUAAAACCAGCUUUGGCUAUUUCAGAUUUAUUGGUUGAUUAAUUAUAAUUUUAAAUUUUGAUUGGUUGGCUCAUUAUCAUUUUUAUUUGGUUGCACCAUCUUUGAUAUCUUUGGGGUGCCUGUGGGGUGUGGAGAUUUAUUCAUUUUGUGGCUAUAUGUGCGUUGGAAAUAGACUCGGGCGGCUUUAUCUGAAUUUACCCAGCUUUUCCUAAAAACAACAACAUCGAGUUAUUUGUUAUGUUUUUUAAAUGAUGUCAUCAUUUGUUAAUUAAUUCUUAUUUAAAUACAUCAACAUCGAGUUAUUUGUUAUGUUUUUAAAUGAUGUCAUCAUUUGUUAAUUAAUUCUUAUUUAAAUACAUCUUGUUUAAUGAACCACGUUUGAACCACAUUAAAUUUCACCACAAACUUUAUUUUUACCAGUGAUAGACUCUGAUAAUGUGAUCUGUAGGUCCACUCAAUAUAAAUUAAAAUCAAUAGCAAAUACAUGUCUGCAAAACAAAGUGACUGCAGAAUGCAAUAUAAACGUUGGUCAUCUACUUUUAGUAGUUAACUUUUCUGACACCAGCUUAACUCGAUCCCACUAGGCCAUGCGAUAUAAGUAGUUAUUGUAUUCAUUUUAUAUACUGUAUGUUUGUUUACUUACUAUUAAGAUACCGUAUUGUACGAUUUUGAGACGAUAUUGUACAAUUUUAGGAGUACGAGGGUAAAUAAGUCUGUAAUAAACAAGAGAAUCCAGAAACAAUAAUUUAAAAUUGAAACAGGUAAAUUAAGGCGCAUAGCAGCCAGGAGGUCUCCGCACGUGUGAAGAUCUCCUAGUAUUUUAAACAUAAUAUUGAAAUUUAAAUUGUAUCACAAUGUCUUGUGUUCCAUACGUUUUAUCAAGCAAGUUCAACUAACCUCGGCAGGCCAGAUGAAAUGGCCUCGUCGGCCGGAUCCUGCGGGCCAUAAUUUGGUGACCCCUGUGUUAUUGAAAUGGGUUUCUAAUGAUCUAAUGAUGUAACUGGCCUAAAUGCAAAUUAUAACAAAAAUGCUAUAUUUUUAAAAUGUAAUAAAGAAUACUGGCAGGCAUUACUUUUCUUGUUUUGAUUUACAAGAAAACGGUUCUAAUUCUGUUUACUUGUGAUUCCCACAAUAGUUUAUAGCAUAGUUUGUGCCUGUCAGUGAUGCCUAUCUUACUUCUACCCAAAUUGCUAUUUUUAGAUCAAAACAGACUAUUUUACUAAUCAUGUUACUGUAUGUAAUGUAAAUAAGCCAAAAAAGCAAUAAGAUGAGGAUGCUGGUGGCAGAAAGGUCUAAACAGACUCAAUUCAAAAAGCUGGUGGUCUGGUGUUCAAUCCCCACCAAAGCCAAAACAAACAAAAACAUCUUUAGGCAAACUCUAAAUUCAAACCAGGAGCCUGAAGGAUCAAUAAAUAGAGGAAAAAGAAAAAAAAUAUAUAUAAUUUAUUCUCAGGAAAUAUUAUGUAGGUUCCACUGAAUAGUAGCUGGGCUGAUCAGAUUUACCUUAAUUCUUAUUUCAGGAACAGUAAGUUCAGAUCUGGUUACUGUUUUGAUUUUAGCAUACAUAUUGAGAUGUUUUUUUACGAUUAUACUCUCAGAAAUGGGUUGAAAAAUAUGUUCUGGUAGUUUGUUGGUUGUUAGUUUUAGUUCCUUACCACCCUUCCCCCAGGGCUCUAGUCCACAUGAUCUGUAGGGGCAUGCUGAUUAAGAGAUUCUGCCACCAACCACUUGGCAUUAUCUGGGGGCCCACACCACCACAUAGGGCAGGCCUGCACAACAUACGGCCCGCCAGCACCCACUCUGCGGCCCGGGAAGUAGCGAAAUAUUCUUUAUUUUUAUUAUUUUCUUAAUAGCUUUUCCCCCUGUCCUAUUUUCUUUUGGCCUGCACAAGUUUUUCAUAAACAUUACGACCCGCCUUACAUUUGAGUUGUGCGGGCCUGAUGAAGAGGACCUGUGUGUGGAGACAAGGGUCUUGCAUAGUAUGUGCAUCAGAAAGAGCACAGCUGUAUAGUACCUACCCAAUUACAGCUGGAAUUAAUGACAUAUCAAGGUUGGGAUCAUGAUUACCAGUUGCCCUCAAUGUCUAUGAGGCAUGGGUGGGUAGUGGCAACUCAUGCCAAUUGUUCUAAUAUGCAGCCUGCUAGGGGACUCUUUCUGGGCAACUGUUUUGUCCCAGCUACCUUGUGAACUAUUCACGAAGUAGAAAUCAUUGCAUAAACUCUAUUAAAGGGCAUCUGAUGCCACUCUGGGAUGGGAAGGGGUGGAUUUUUGUAUGCUUAUAUAAUCAUCCCAGUAAUAGGAAGUUCAAUUGCCCCUGCAUGGUAGUCAAUCGAGUGGACUGCUGACACGGGCUGUCUCAGCGGCAUAGUGUUCCAGACGUGCAAUUUUGUGGGCCAAUAUUUGGGUUGGGUGGAGGUACAAUGGGGAGAGCAUAAUGAGCCCAGGCUAGGGGGCCCGCUGCUUUUCUUAAGUAGGUUAGAUUAAAUUAAAUGGCUUCCUUUCUACAUCCUGUGUACACUAAGCAGCUUUACAAUUUUCUUACCCCAGUUUUGUUCCAGCACUCCUCCUCUUCAUUUCUUCCAUUACAGCUUGCGGUGGUUUUUAGAAUAUAUGUUAAUAAAAAUAAAAUGAGGCUCCUAGAAUUAAUAUAAGGGUGACCAACCCAAUGUCCGCCACAUCAUGCCCCACCUGAUAUAUUACAAAUCAACUAAUUUCUUCAUUCAAUUAGCGAUUAUUUUCAUUCUUGGCACAAACGCAAAUAUGAAAAAUAUAUCCACCACUUGUUUGUGAAAUAAUUAAUCUUAAAUAUAAAUUAUCAAUCAGUUUCACUGUUUAAUAACUACUAAAAUUAAAGGAUUUAAAUAAACACAGCUUGGGAAAGGGAGACUAAUUUUACACUUUUCAACAAGCAUUUGAUUAAGUGUAAAAAAAUGCAACAUUAUUUUCAGGUACAUGCUAAAGUGCAACCCUGAAAUUUAAAAUUUUUAAAAGUUUUCUGGGCCCCCCCUCCCCAAAUCCCACUUUUGCUCUGGUGACUUAGGCGGGUGUCCCUAAUGUCUGCUCCUCCACCCCAUAUUCGUCUAUCAAAAUGGCAAUGAUGGGCAUAUUUGUAUUUGCAAUAAAGCACUGUAUUUAAAUAUAUAAAGGUCAGUCAUCUACUUCGGGAGUGACCUUUUUUUAGACAUGCGAUGCAUAAAGUUAUUUAAUACAUUAUACUGUAUGUUUAUUUACAUUAACGAUAUGUUACUGUACAAUUUUAAGAUGGUAAAGUACUAUAAUGAAACAAUAUUGUACUAUUUUGCCAGUUCUGGGGUAACCAGGUCUGUAAGUUUCAUUUAUCAUUGACAUUUACUGUUUUAAUGCUCUUUUUAUUUACAGGUAUUAUUCCAAGGUUUUUACUUCCUAGGCUUCCAUACUUUCGUGUUGGGCCAGAUGUUGGAGCUUUAAUUUUCUUUGAUGUAAACAAUGAUGCAAGCAAAAUUCGAUGGGAGAGAGAAGCAAACAGUAGAAAAGCAGUUCAAGAUGCUAUGAAAAGUAAUUUAUAUUUUGAAGAUUUUGAUUUUAAACAUUUGGUUUUAAUCAAAGUAGCCAUUGAAUAAAUGUCGAACCUAAUUAUUAGAUAUAUCUCAAUUAUGGUGCAAAACAUAUGCCCUGGACUGUGUCUUUCACAUUUAUUCAAUUAUAAUUUUUUGAUUUUUCAAACUAAUUCAUCAUCAUCUUCUGGAUCCAGUAGACAUUUUUAGGUUUUCCUCUAUCCUAAAUGGUGUUUAUGUAAUUUGGAUAUUUUGGUAGUUAAUUAAUAAAGGCCUAAGACCUGAAGUGCUGGGCAAUCCUUCAAACUUUUUAAAGACUGGUAAUAUAUUAUGACAUGAAAUAUAAACCUAAGUAAUCAUUGAAAAGUGGUAACUGUUCCCUUGGAGCAACCACUCAAAAGGCAAGGUCAUCAUGUAGCUUAUAUUAUAAAGCUAUCUUUUAAAUUUGAAUUUGAUUUAUUUUAUAAAUUUUAAGCUUAAAUAUUUCUUUCUCAUCAAAUCAGCAUUGGAUGUUAUUAAAAACAUAUUUGAACUCAUUUAAUCAAAAUGCAGAUGACAAGGUCCAUAUGAUAUCUGGCGAUGUGAUUUUGAAAGGGCAAGGAACGAAAUCUCAAAAGUUGAUUCCAAUAAUGGCUAAACCUUCAGCUUUGGAUAGUGAUAUUACCUUGAAAGAUUGGUUGCAAGAAGUAAAAUAUGGAAGUAAAGGCAUCAGACUCCACAUACAUUCUGUGGAGGCUGUGGACAUCACAUUCCAAAUUUUAAAUGAUUUUGAUAAACUGGUAAGAAACUUAUCACUCUGUAACAUUUCUAUUGCAAAUAUCAUUUGAUAAAUAAGGUUGGUUAUCUACAUUUAUUAUUUUAAAAAUAAUUCUUUUGAAAUUGUUAUUACUAUAUAUAUCACUCAUAAUCUUGUUAGUACUGUAUCAUAUCAUUGUGAAAAAGUAAAUAACAGUCUUAUUGCAUAUUUUUCUCCCAGAACCCAAUUAAAUUUCCAGUGUGGAUUCAUGCGAAUGUACUGCAAGGACCUCAUGGAGAAGAACCUGUUAUAGAUUACCACCGUUUUAUUAGAACACAACAAAAAAUGUUUCCAAAGUAUUUUUUUUUUUGAAAAAUGUUUUAAUUUACUCACUUUUUUUUCUAAGCUCUUUCUGACUUUCUUUUGUUUAUGAAAGGUGGUAAAAAAAUUAAUGAAUGUUUUUGAAAGGAGUAAAUUCAUUUAUAUGUAAGUCAGGUAAAAUUAGCUAACUUAUGUUUAAGUUUUAAUAGUUUAUUAAAUAUUAAUUUACUUCUUUUUUUUGUUCUACUUUAAUUUUUUGAAAAUUGUGUUUGCAAGGUGCACCAUUUCUCUUGGAUGGACAACAGGUACGCAUACUGACUUGACACAGAGUGCAUACACUUGGGAGUCUGUUUGGGAUAUGCUAAAUUUAAUACAGGAAUUUGAAUUUAAGGAGCAGUCUUUUGUAUUUCAGGUAAAUCAUAAAAUUAGAAAUUUAAAUUUGCUUUAAAAAAAAUGUAUUUUAAAACUUUAAUCUCCAUGAUGUUGAAAAGCGUGAUGCUACAAAGAGAAAUCAUCUUACUUUAUCAUCAGCUGUUUAAAGAGCGGAAAGAGACAUUUAAUCUACUUUUCUACAUAGAAUACUUGAAGUGGUUAAAAUAAAGUGUUUUUUUUCCUCAGGCCAGGCUAUCCUUGAUACGCAAUUCAGUUCCUCAGUUAAAAUGGCUUUCUGACAAUGUCAAACACUCCAGUCUUAUGAUCUGGCAUGAAGAGAAAGACUUGGUAGUCAAUGAGGAUAUAAUGUAUGUGGCCUAUCGCAUUCCACCUCAUGGAGUUUACUUUGAUUUAAAUCAUGAUCGUUUUCAAUUGUUAUUGGAUCAGUACCGUCAUUUCUCCCGUGAUAAGGUGGAUCCCUUAGUGCUGAAAAGGGAUGAACUGGUGUUCAAGCCAGAUGCUUGGUGGAAAAUGGGAUUUCAUAGACAGAAGAACUCAGUUUUGGCAAGCACAGAAGGAAUUAUCCUUACUAAUAAUAUUGUUUAUAUUACCUCAAAGUCAAAGUACAUGCCUACUCCUGAAAUCUAUAUUCAAGGUAGAAUCCAGUUCUUUAACAGAGAUAACAGAGAUGCUGAGGACCAUGUCACGGGGCUGAACAUUUAUUUGAGACCUACUAAAUAUGAUCACUUUGAAAAAAUUGAUGGUAUAAGAUGCUUCAUUGGUGUUGGUGGAGAGAUAGAAGUCACUGGCAGCAAUUUACCAGAUAAUGUUGAAAAAUUCAGAAAAGCUGCCCGUGUCACUCCAACACAUGCCAAUUGCUUUCGUUUCAAAAUAAUUGAUGAGAGAUCACACAUCACAUUUGCGGUGACAUCACUGCAUGACUGUACAACCUUGGCAAGUGUUGCAGAAACAGAGCCUUUAGUUGCCCUUCUAACUGUCCCAGUGCCAGUGAAAUUGGAUACCAGAGAGCAGCGUCCAUUUGUUCUUAAAUUGGAGGAUUCCAAAAGGCAAGUCUUGAUUGAUGAGCUGAGCAUCAAACACAAAUAAAGACUUAAAUAGGUAAUGAAUCUAUUUUUAAGAAUUUUACUAUCUAUAGAAAUAAAUAAAUAUAGAAUUUCAUCUAAACCUUAAAAAUGUUUUAGCUGAGCAGUGAAAGUUCCUUGUUUAAAAUAAGCAUUUUAUUUUUACAUAUCAACAUAUUUUUUCAUUCCUAAAUAAUAUGUGUGAGGAAUCUUCAUGUUUUUUACAUAACUUUAUAUGCAAUGUAUUUUUUUUUUUUUACACAAUUUGAAAUAAGUGAUUUGUUCUUCCAUAAUAAUGUUAUACUUGAUGACGAUAAUAGGUGGUGCUUGAGUGAAGCUUCUUACCUUUUUUCAAACUAUAUAACUUAUAUAUUGGUUAAUUGAAACAUAAAUCUCACAUUAUGAAAAAUUUAGUUUUGGAUCAACUUUACAAAUGAAUUUUGGUCUAUUUUUAUUUAUUUGUUAUGAAUAUCUUUUUGCAAAUUAAUUGCAAACUUAGAUUCUUUUUGUUGCGCCGAGACACAAAUAUAUGUAUGUAUAAAUACAUUAAUAAAUAUAUUGGAUCCUCGUAUUCGGGACACAUCAGGAUCCACGUAUUGUGUUUCAAUGACAACAGCCAGCUGGGGUACACACAAAUCCCUUUAAAUAUGAUUUAACAAAGACAAAGCCCAAACAAAGGGGCCUUGUUAUUAACAAUGACCAUGUAAUUAAUCAAUACACAUUAUAAAAUAUUUUAUUUGCUCUGAUUUAGAUUUCGUGUGGUUAAGAGAAGAAUAUCAAGUGUUUUAUAUUGCUGCUUUUGUCUCUGCAGCUGCCUAUGAUGAUUCACAAAAAUAUAAAGGAAAGAAAAGUUAUAUUCAUAUCAUAGAUCUGAUCUGUGUAUGUGUUUUUUUAAAUUUAGACAUUGUUUGUAUAAAAUCAAUGGCUUGAUGAACUUAGGAAGCAUAAUUCACAUAUAAUACAAUAUAUAUAUUGGCAUCAGUCCGUCACUAUGUGUUGAUGGUGUAGACUUUGCAGGACAGAAUCACAAGGCCUGGGAUUUUUUCUUUAGGACUGUAAGCUGGUUCCCUAGACAGCAAAUAGCCUCUUUCUUUGCACCAAUUUUUCAUUGUGUUAAUGUUAUCCUACGUGACUCCCUCUCCGGGUUUUGAUUCAGAGUUUCCUUCUAUUAGAUGAGUUGCCAUCCAAAGUUAACGGGAGGUCCCAUCCACCCGGGUGCUGGUGUUUUUAUGUUUGACUUGGUCUUUGGUGGGGAUUGACUCAGUUUACACCACUCGACCACUCAGUCGGACGGAUGCCAGUAUACAUAUAUUUUAUGAUAUAAUAAGACCAUAGUCUUAUUAUGCAAACAUCUAUAAGACUUUGCAUAUUCUUCUUGAAAAUAGAAGGGAACAAUAAUAUAUAUAAAAUGGGAAUACUCAUUUUCAUGAGAUUGUGGUUGUGUUUUUUAAUGAAUUCCUGUCAAAAUAUUCUUAUAAUUUUGAUCUAUGCUCAUUCUUAUUGAUACAUUCCAUUGUACUCGGUUCACUCGGCUUAUAAUGAACUUUUUCAAACAUAAAUUAAUCUUUCAAUGUACUCGGUUGAAAAAUUGUAAAUGAAGAAUGUAAAUAAAUGACUUGUUUUUCUUAAAUUGUUUUCUUUUAUUUAGAAUUUGUUGAAUUUAGAAAUUGUGAGAAUUUUAAU